AUGCCCUCCGCUGCCGUUCAUCAAGCAACACACAUGCAUCUCACUUUGUUAUAUUCUCUUUCUUCACUUUGUCAAGCUUUGAUUUCAUUGACGGAUUCUCGAACUUAUCACCUUGUUGCUAUGAUUGCUGAUGUGUUCUCAGUUGAUGCUUUAGAAGUUGCAAAGCAAUUCAACCUCAAGACAUACGCUUAUUGUGCUUCAUCAGGUCCUUCAUUAAGUUUCUUCCUCAAUUUUCCCGAACUUGAUAAGGAUCUUGAGAUUUUUUCCACUGACUUUCGUGAGUUGCAACAGCCUGUGAAACUUCCAGGUUGUGUGGCUCUUCAAGGCAAGGAUCUCAUUGACUCGGUUCAACAAAGAACAAUUGAAUCCUACAAAACAAUUCUUCAUAUCAGUAAAGGAUUGGAUUUGGCAGAUGGUAUUAUACUAAACAGCUUCAUGGAUUUGGAAAGAAAGAUAAUAACAUCUCUGCAAGAAAAUAAGAAUAAAUACCCUCCUAUAUAUCCGUUGGGCCCUAUUUUACAGAGUGAGUUAGCUAGCAUAAACGAGACAGCUUCAAAGUGUUUAAAAUGGUUAGACAAUCAACCACCUAACUCUGUUCUGUAUGUUUCUUUUGGGAGUGGAGGGACACUGUCACAUGACCAGCUUAACGAGCUAGCCUUAGGGUUAGAGAUGAGUGGCCACAAGUUCCUGUGGGCUAUGAGGGCUUCAAACGGGUUUGCUUAUUCGGCUUAUUUGAAUGAACAAAAGGAGGACCCAUUUGACUAUUUGCCAAAAGGGUUUCUUGAGAGAAUCAAAGAUCAAGGCUUUGUGCUUCCAUCAUGGGCCCCAGAAAUUGAAGUGUUGAGGCACGGGUCAACUCAGCAAAGAAUGAAUGCAGUGAUGCUGAGUGAGGAGUUGAAGAUUGCUGUAAGGCCAAAAGAGAAUGCAAAUAAUGAUGGGAUUAUUGUGGAGAAGGAGGAAGUUUCUAGAAUUGUAAAGAGUGUAAUGGAAGGUGAUAAAGGGAAAGAGAUUAAUAGAAGAAUUCAAGUGUUUAAGGAUGCUGCCGCUAAAGCGCUUGGAAAAGAUGAGCAAAGAAUGAACGCGGUGUUGAUAACUGAGGAGUUGAAGAUUGCUCUGUGGUUGAAGAAAGAUCAUGAUAAUAACAAGGGAAUUGUCAGGAAGGAGGAAGUUUGUAGGAUUGUGAAGAGAGUAAUGGAAGGUGAUGAAGGCAAAGAAAUCAACAGAAAAAUUCAGGUCUAUAAGGAUGUUGCUACAAAAGCACUUAGUGACGAUGGUUCCUCAACUAAGACCCUCUCUUGCUUAUUAUCUGAUCUCUUGAAUGGAAAAUGA